GUCAAAAAUGGCACAAGCGAACAAGGCAGGGUCCUGGAUCUAGGGACCAACCCUGAUCAUGUCCAGGAGUAAACAGGGCCUUUUGUAGUAAAGAUCGGUCAACGUCGCUGUUUGGUUCAUUCCACUUCAAACUUCAAUUGCUGUUGGUAGACUUUUUGAUCCCGUUCAUCAACAGUAACAAGCAUCCGAAAAUUGCCUUGCAACGAUACCUUAAAGUUAAGUUGUUUAUUCAGACGCAGACAAGCUGGCAGAAACCUGCCGACUUCCGAUUCCAGCACUAGCGUACCAUACAUACAGCAUCUCUUAGGCACCUUAUCCUUGAUCGACCUGCUUGACGCGCGUGCUCCGUGCCGCCCAAUCUUCAACAAUCAUCAUGCUCUUGUGAAUUCGACCUUUGACGCCGACAGACAGCUCACAAAGUCCGUGCCGCCCUAAUCGACACACCAACCAGACUAGCCGCCUCUCUAGCUUGCUUUGGUCUUCCGCCUGCUCCCCUCCCGAGGCGAAAGCCUGUCAUUCGACGGUCUCAAUUUUACUUACGCAGAGGACUAAACAUUCCGUCACCGCGAAGGCCUAGCAUGUGAAGCGAUAAAAGCUAGGCAGACACAAAGCAACUGCCACCGGAUGCCGCCUGUUUUCUCGGCUGCCAAUCCGCCAUGACGGAGCAUGAUGCCGGCCAUCAGGACACACACUCCCGCCAAGCACAGCUCCAAGGCUUGCUCAAUUCGCAUAGUACUCAUAACAAUAGCGAUGCGCCCGGGUUAGGAAUCACCGACACAAACCAUACCAAACAACAUUCGGGGGCCAACAACCACAUCCGUAUUCGUCAUCCCCCAGCCGCCGAAGCGAGCUCGACCGCCACCUCCGCGCCGAGCACAUCUUCCACGACGACUACAAACGACAACUCCAUGCUCACAUACCAAACCUCGCGAAAUCCCUCAGCAGGUCCGGCGUCGCCAGUGCUGGAGCGGCAACACCAUAAUGCAGCCACCACCGCGAAGCCCAAUACCCGGAGCAGUGGGGUCUCUCGCUCGCGCACGCACAAGAAUCGAUCGAGCAGCGCAUUUCUUUUGUCGGGGCCUUUGUUCGAUGGCACCCCUUCAGAUUCCGCCGCGCGCGAUAGCAGCUUGUGGCAGAGGCAAGGGUUGCCGCCCGCCUCUCAUACGCCAUUGAGGCCUAUGAAAAAUGUCGCUACAGGCUCUGGGGUAGACGAAAUAACCGAGCAGUUGCAAACUUCUAGUGCGCAGCCUCUGGGUCGGGUCCCUGGAUCGAACCCUCCGCUGCUCAAGUCAGGGAAUAACCUACGCCAGAGGCCAUAUGCAGCCUCACAAAGACUAGAUACUACCGUUAUCUCGAGGUCCACCGGCUCGUCUUCUUCCACGGGAAUAGCAACACAAGGCGAAGGUGUAAUAUAUGAAGACCAGGUCAACAAAUACAUCGAGACCGGCCUGCCUGGGUUGCCACCAGGUACAGCUUCAUCAAAGUCAUCUUCCUCCUCAGCUAGACAUAGCCUUGAUCUAGACUCUACCCACAUUGUGAACAUGGCUUUAAGCCUAAGCGAAUCGCGGCGUUUAGCUGCAAGACGAAACAGUUCACAGCCGAUACCUCCAAGCUUAGCACCAAUGCCGGAUGGCUCGUUGACAGGCGGCCUGAGGCAGCAUCUCCAGCAGCAGAGGCGAUCCUCACGCAACAUGUCUCCGAGAGCCAGCAGACUUGUAUCCUCCUCAUCAGGUGGUCCCGCUGGUCAACAAGCCAGGGUCGCAAGCCCGCUGCAUGCCUCUUUCGACUUGGGGGGAGAUGCCAGCGGCUUUCGCUACCAUAUCUCACCGUCAACACUUGCUCGUGUACAAAAGGCCAAGGAUCACUUGGAGCUGCUGGCGCAAUACAGGCGUGUCCUCGACUUAGUGCCACCUCUAAAGCCGACUGAUCCCCCAGGCACCGGAGCCCCGUCAUAUAUGGAGAACGAGCUGAUGGUGAGACUCGGCCGCGAGUACAACCCACUGCAAUAUAUACGGAAUCGGAAAGUGAGGGCUCGUGAGCGGAAGGCCAUCGAUGGAGAUGCACAGGGCUUCGGCGAUGUCAAGAACGUCACCGAGUGGGUGGGGCAUAUUUCAGGCCUCGCGGCGACGAGAGGAAGCGGGAACGCGGUUUUGCCCACGUUCGAGGCGGCCGACAAGAUUAUUGCCCAAGACCAAGCGAAUACAUCGUCUACCACAGGCGCAACAACCAGUGGGCCUAUGGCUUCUUCAAAGCCUAAAAGGCCGAGGGUAGACUGGGUCACCAAUCCAGCAGACUUGCUUGCAGAUAUUUACUGGCUCGAGCAGGGCGACAACAAGAAGUAUGUGGAAGAUCGAAACUACAGACGGGUCUUCCCACAGGCCCAUGGCCGUCAUAGAGCAUGGUCUCACUGGAAGGACCACAGCCUUUCAUCUGCGACACCUGGUGGUGCGAUUGCUGCUGCAAUUGCUGCGGCAUCCUCAACAGCUUCAUCCGCUGCGGCCCCUGCCCCUACCACUACCAUGAAAGAUACUAUUGAACAGGGGCGGUCGUCCACUUCCUCAGACCAUCGAAAAUCGUCAGAGGAAGUGUCAAGAUAUAGACAGCACAUGCCGAGCGGUGCAAGAGAGAAGCUACAGAAAUUGAGAGGGCUUCACCACCGCCAUAGCAGUUCAGUCCAUGCACACGAGCUUCUAAGGUUCCGUAAAGGUUCGAUAUCAGACGAGUCUGAAUCUGAAGCUGGAUCCCGGAAGAAACGCAUGGUGCGCAGCCAGACCAUCACCGCCAGUGACAGGGACGCACUCGAGAAACAGAUGCUGGAAAUGAUUGCGCAGGAGAGUAGGAAGUCCCUUGAGCAACAAAUGACGGCUUCCAACUCGAGCGGCGCGAAUGCAAAGCCGUAUCUACCAGUCUCAAGCCCUACGGCUCUAAGUACACCUGAGAGAGUCAAGACCAAUUCUGCGGGCCCAAGCCGCCCGCAAAGCCGCUUCAACUCAAAAGACAACUUAAUCAAAGACUUACAAAGUGCUUCAGAGACCAACAACCGCGGCAGAACUCCUCAUAGGUUCCAGCCUCAACUUCCAAGUGGACCUGCGUCUCCAGGCAGUCCAGGUCAAGGCCGUGACAGCUUGGAUGUGCCAAGUUUCUGGGGCCCUCGACAACGACGCCCCUCUAUAGACUACGACUCCUCGCGACCUACAUCACCAGACAUGCGAGGCGUGCGAGGAACCGAGGGUGUCAGUAGUUUUGUGCUCCCACCAAUCGGCAAGGACCUGUCUCCUACCCACAGUAGGUCUGGCUCGCCGAGUCGAAACCCUUUCAGCCGUGUCAAGCAGAAGCUUCAGCGUGACAGAAGCCGCAGCAGAGUGCGUGGUGGUCCGGAUCCCGCCACGCCCGGUGCUAUCCUCGAUGACCAGUCGCUUGGAGCAGUAUCGCCUGGACUGAUUGAAUCCCCUCCUCGUGCCUUGGUACCUCCGGAAAAGCUCAAACCAUCGCCAUCGCCAAGGGAGAAAUAUGGUUCGCCCCCGCGUAAGGUCACAUCGAGAACCGAUACCAGCAACGCUAAGUUGCAGAAGAGCCACACGGGCGAGAUUAAGCGGGAGGACUCUGGGCUUCGUGGUUUCUUCAGCAAAGCACCACCUCGCAUCGAUAGUGUUCUGCGUUCCGGUGUCUCCAAAGUUGGUGAUCUUCUGUGGAGAAAAGAAUCUUCCACGGUGGAGACGGCUCUGUCGCCUCACAGGUCAGACGUAGAACAGACAGGAGCAGACGCUGCCAGCUCCGAUUCUGAGGGCUCGGAUACGGAUAUUACCAGCGGUAGGAAAAGGGGCCAUCGUCGCGACGAAUCCCGAAAGAGCACGCUCGAACUCGGCAACCCGAAAGUUUUGCACCCACAUACGCCGUCCGACCAAGCUAACAAGGACCUGUGGUCUGAUGCACUUGAAAGAAGUGGAAUGCACAGCCCAGGGGGUGGGCUAUUAUCACCUGAUCUCGGGUCUCCAAUGUCGCUUCCAAUUAGCCGGCGCUCUUCAAGAUUUGAGCUACUCAAACCACCCAGGCUUGAUGUACAAGCUGCGACACCCACUUCGCCAAGCGCAUCGCCUGUUUUCCCCAUCCAGGGUUUAGGGAAGCAGACAAAGACCAAAGGCGACCACGUCACGACAGAAGCUAGGGGCGAAGAUUCGGCCGCAAAGUGGCCACCUCGUGAGCCUCAUCCAAACAAGAGACAAGGCAUAGACAGACGCGAGGUUUUACGACAACGCGUACAUGUAUUACGUACGGGAAUAAUGGCAUCAGAGAUUGCUUCUCGCGGCCUGACGGACACAGAGGACUCGGUUUCUUUGGACAGACACGCUGGCACGGGGCUGAUGUUGCAGCAACAUUACCCGUAUCCACUUUCCAGCCUUGCGGCCAAGCACAGAGAUGAGGCCCUCUCCGCGGCCGAUGCCAUGCAGCGGCUGGCGCAGCAGUGGCACCAACAGUCAGAGGUAUUCGCGACGCGCACGACACCUUCCCUCAUGUCUCGAAUCGACGCCCUCCGAUACCAGGUCGCAGUCGACCUGUCGAGUCUCGUCCGGACGGGGGCGGACGAGGCGGACCAUAUGGGUCGCGACUUGGUUGACGGACAGCGGCUGCAGGUCAAGCGGGCAGUGGACAUAAUCGAGAAGCUCCUGCGGCGACGGCGACGGCGAUUCCGGUGGGUUAGGCGCGCAGGCUGGCUGGCAGUUGAGUGGUGGCUUGUCGGGUUCAUGUGGUUCGUCUGGGCGGUCGUCGUCGUCGCGAGGGUCUUUCUCGGCGUGGGCAGGGGGGUCAUUGGUGUUGGAAGGUGGCUCCUCUGGCUAUGAAAACCGUCGGAUGGAUUUUUACGAAUAACCUUUCUUUUUUUCUAUCUCUUUGUCUUGUACUCUUUUUUGCAUACCUGUGGUGCGCUUGGGAAACAUGGCGUUGUUUUAAUCUUUCUCUUGGGCAUUCAAAGCAUCGGUGUGGUUUUUCUUCUUCGUCUUGGACAUGAAUGUCAUUAUGCAUACCCUAAUCGCUCUUGGCAGGCAAGUGGUUAUUCGAUGUUUUGUUUUUCCUUUUGUACAGAGAAGCUACUGACACGAGUGAUACCAUGAA